CUAAAAGACCAACUCAUCAUUAUCUCUCUCUCUCUCCUCCAGAUCUCGCCGGAUAUUCCGCCGAUGUGAUUUACAUAUUAACGUUGACCUUCUCCGGUGACCCCCUCUUCCCUAUUACUGUAUUCCUCAUCUUCUCCUUCGCAUGAUCGCCGCUGCUAUCCAUGGCUUCCGCAUGCGUUAACAACAUCGGAAUGUCGCCGGAGAAUUUCCUCGAUUGUUCUUCUGCUCCUUGCCAUUCUUACGGCUGGCUCAGCCCUCGCAUCUCCUUCAGCCGCGACGACUCCCCGCCUUCUACUAACCUCGCCGGACUUAUGACUAAGCCUGCCGCUGACCCGGCCGGAGAGUCUGAGAUUCGAGAUUCGGAUCCUGAACUAGUGCCGGUCAGUGAGUUCGAGUUCCGCCUUCAAGAUCCCGUCGCCUUGAUGCUCCCGGCGGAUGAGCUGUUUCUGAAUGGAAAACUCGUGCCAUUUCGGGUCUCGUCUGUUAAACCCUCGGUCAACGUUUUGAAGUCGAUGAGGUGCGUUUCGUCGCCGGAGACUGCGGCUCAGUCCCGCCGGGAAGUUGAGGCUGAAUGCAGUACGGAUCCAUAUCUGUUCUCUCCCAAGGCGCCGAGAUGUUCCAGUCGAUGGAGAGAGCUUUUAGGGCUCAAGAAACUGUACCAGAGCAGCAGCAAUGGCAGCGCCAAAACCGAAAAUCACAAAACGACGUCGCCGUCUUACGCCUCAGAAGCCAAUUCUAAGGCGCUGAGGUAUUUACUUCACCGGCGUUCGAAAUCGUCAUUAUCGUCUUCGUUCGAUUCGUCACUGAACCUUCCAUUGUUGAAGGACUCCGAUAGUGAGUCUGUUUCGCUAUCUUCUUCCCGCGUAUCUCUUUCCUCGUCUUCCUCAGGUCACGAACUCGAAGAUCUUCACAGACUCCCGCUGGAUUGGGAAAAUAAGCCAAACACGAAUCCGAUUUCUCUCCAUCGGAACCCUAACAAUAGCAAUCCACCGCGAAUGAGACAGGUGAAACCUCGGCCUAAAUCGGAGAUGAAUCCAAGAUCAACAAUGGAUCAUCAUACGACGGCAACGAGAGUAGGUAGAAGCCCAAUGCGGCCUGCGCCGGGAGAAUCCACUAGAUUAGCGAUCCGAGGAGUAUCCGUAGACAGUCCAAGAAUUAACUCCUGUGGUAAAAUCGUGUUCCACAACUUGGAGAGAAGCUCGAGCAGUCCAAGCAGCUUCAAUGGCGGACCAAAACUGAAGAACAGAGGAACGGAAAGGUCAUAUUCAGCGAACGUGAGAAUAACUCCAGUCCUUAACGUUCCAGUCUGUUCUUCCCUGAGAGGAUCCUCAAAAUCCGUCUCUGUGUUCGGAUUCGGUCAACUAUUCUCCAAUACCGGCACCAGCGGAAGCAGUAGAAGCUACCAGAGUAGUAGCAGUAGUAGUAGCACUAACCGGACAACGACAAGGCGGAUCAUCGAAACAGACGGCGGAGGAAAACUCCAUUAACGACAAGUUAGAAGAAGGAAACAGAAUUCGGGUAACACUAACAAGACCUCUUUCAUUAUACGAUCGCUUCACUCAUCCGUUAGAAGACAAAUUCAAUCGCCAAUUCAUAACACCAAAAAGAAAAUUAAAAAUCCUCGUGUAAGUAUGCGGAGAAAUGUUGUUGUUUCUGUUCAUCUUUUUCGUCUAUUUCUCAUCAUUUCGAAAGCUGUGUUGCGUUUCACAUCAAUGGCAUCCAAAAGGAAUUUUGUUU